AUGGCCUCCCGGAACCUGGGGGGCAGGAGCGGGAGCCGCGGCGGGGGCGGCGGGGGCGGCGCCGGCGGCAAGAAGAGCCUGAGCGCCCGCAAUGCUGCGGUGGAGAGGAGGAACCUGAUCACCGUGUGCAGGUUUUCUGUAAAGACUCUGAUUGAUCGUUCCUGCUUUGAGACAAUUGAUGAUUCUUCUCCUGAAUUUAACAAUUUUGCAGCUAUUUUGGAACAGAUUCUAAGCCACCGGCUAAAAGGUCAAGUAACCUGGUUUGGUUAUGAAAGUCCACGUAGCUUCUGGGACUAUAUCCGAGUGGCUUGCCGGAAGGUUUCACAGAAUUGUAUCUGCAGCAUUGAAAAUAUGGAAAAUGUCAGUUCCUCUAGAGCUAAGGGUAGAGCCUGGAUCAGAGUAGCACUCAUGGAAAAACAUUUAUCUGAAUACAUCUCUACAGCUCUGAGAGACUUCAAAACAACCAGGCGAUUUUACGAAGAUGGAGCAAUUGUCUUGGGUGAGGAAGCAAAUAUGCUUGCUGGCAUGCUGCUUGGGCUCAAUGCUAUUGAUUUCAGCUUCUGCCUAAAGGGAGAGGGAUUGGAUGGCAACUUUCCUGCUGUAAUAGACUAUACACCAUAUUUGAAGUUUACCCAAAGCUCCGACAGUAUCAGCAGCGACGAGGAGGAGCUGCGGACGCUGGGCAGCAGCGGCAGUGAGAGCAGCUCGCCGGAGAGCGCGGGGCCGCCGUUCAUCAUGGACGAGAACGGCUGGUUCAACAAGUGCAAGAGAGUCCGGCAGAAGUACCAGCUGACCCUGGAGCAGAAGGGAUAUCUGGAAGAACUCUUACGACUUCGAGAGAACCAGCUGUCUGAAUCUGUCUCCCAGAAUAAAACACUACUACAAAGGAUUGAAGAUUCUGACCUGGCCCAUAAAUUGGAAAAGGAACAGUUAGAAUACAUAAUUGUAGAGCUUCAAGAUCAACUGACUGUGCUAAAGAAUAAUGAUUUAAGAUCACGACAAGAGUUAACUGCCCACCUCACCAACCAGUGGCCUUCCCCAGGAGCUCUGGAUGUCAAUGCUGUUGCCUUGGAUACGUUGCUUUACCGAAAACACAAUAAACAGUGGUAUGAAAAAAGUUAUCAAAGUCUUGACCAGUUAUCAGCUGAAGUCAGCCUUUCUCAGACUUCACUGGAUCCAGGUCGGUCACAAGAAGGAGAUGGGAAACAAGACCCGUUAAAUUCAAUCAGUGAAGGUAAAGAAGACACUCCCUCAUUACUUGGUCUCUGUGGGUCUCUAACAUCAGUGGCAAGUUACAAAUCUCUAACUAGCCUAAAAUCUAAUGACUAUCUUGCAAGUCCUACAACAGAGAUGACAAGUCCAGGCCUAACUCCAUCCUGAGAAAUUUUAUGUAAAAGCCAAAAGAUUUUAUGUUGCCAAUGUUCUAUUUACAUAAGUUUGACUGCUGGGAAAACCUCUGGAGUUUUAUAUUGUUGUGGCACAUGUCUGGGAUCCUGUUGCUCAGAGUUCACUCCACUCCGUGUUAACUGAGUGAAGAAAAAAUGAUCCUGCCAUUUCUCAUUUUAAAGUUCUUGUAUUUUUCACUGAGGAAGUUUAAAAUGAAUAGACCUAAAAACAACUUUCAAAGAUCCUCUAAAUUAAUAAUCCUUUACAAAUUGUACAUAUUUAUUAUUCAGUUGAUUUUCAUAUAAUUUAACGUAUCAUAAUUGCCAGAGACAGUUCAAGGUUUUAUUUGGGACUUCAACUACAUAUUUUCUUUCCUCUUUUAUUCAGUGACUAAAACUUAUAAAAAUGACUUACUAAUUUUACUUUCCAUUAAUUUCUUCCUAGGUUCUAAUGUUAAAAAACCUUGUUUUUAAAAUGAGGAGAAUUUUCUCAGCUGCAGUUUGACAAUGGCUUAUUUAGUUUUUCUUUAACAGUUAUUAUCAUUUGGUAUCAACGUAACAUUCCACUUAACAUUUUAUAAAUUUUGUAGGAAUGUGCCUUUAGGCAGUUACUAAAUUUGUUAGGGUCAUAGGGAAAGUAGUUUACAACAUUUUAGGCCAUUUAGGUAAAAUGAAUAAAUUUCUUAUCUUUGUUUCCCCAAAAUUUUCUUAAAAGGUCGUCAAUUAAAAAGGAUCAAAUAUACCUCAAAAAUUAAACAUUAAAGCAUAACAGGUGUUGAAAAAGUAUUUGAUCAGGAAAAAGUUCAAGUUCAAUUAGGUAUGAGACGCUUUUAAAUUAGCAUCGGUAGGGUAUCACCAUACUUCAUAAUGUCUGGCAUACAUGCUGUUCUCUAUCCCUUGUGUGAACCAAUGAAUUCUGUCCUGUUAGGUUUUACAGCUCCUAUCACUAAUCAUGCCACAAUCUCAUUUUAAAGUUGAUAUUAAAAAUCCCUGCACUUCUACAGGUAAAAAGUUUUGUUUUUUUAAAAAGCUAUGAGCUGUAUUUUAAAUGUUUUUGCAAUUUUUUGGAACUAUCCAUUUUGUCCCUAAAAAUACCACCAUGUUGGAAGAGAAAAAUGUAUUAAGUAUAUUUUCUACAUUAAGUAAUACGAGGAAAACAUGGUCAGUUGUGCCAAAGAAGUUUUAUACGUUGUUUACAUGAAGAGGCUACAAUACUUAUUUGGGGACUUAAUAUGUACUAUAUUUUUGUUUAUUAAUAAAACAUUACAUUCAAACUUAGUAGCUUUGACAUAUAGGAGGAAUGUUCUUCCUAAAGCAAUUUAUUUUUAUUGAGGGGAGGCAAGAAGUGCGAACUUAUCACAUUCAUUCUUUGUAUUAGAGAUGUAGGAGUGUGGUGGUUCUCUACAAUCUUUACAGCUUUACUCUCAUAAUUUGGAAUUUAAAAUAAUAAAUAGUAACAGGUUCAGUCUUAUAUGUAAAGCAGAUGAAAUAAUGUCAUUUCAGGGACAGACUUAUCUUAGUUGUUCCAGAAUUACUCAGAGCUUUAUUCUUUUAGCUUAAGGCUUUAGUAUUAUACUUGUAGAAAUGCAAAUAUUCUUGAGAAAGGGUACCUUUAAUUUCUUAAUUCUGUAUACCUUAUUGUUAGUGAGGUAUCCAAAGCAACUUUUACACUGCAAGGGGGUUGGAAGGUAUAAAAUUAGGACAAUGGAAAUCUUAGGAGUAGGGAGUGAGAAAUGGUUAAGGGGGGGAACUUCAAAACUUUUAGGCUGGCCUUAAGCACUUUUGCUGCUUCCCUAAGAACUAUCAGAAUGUUUAAAUGCUUUAUCACUCAUCCAUGGUCCACUCUCAACUUCACACUUUCCUUCAAUAAUUAACAAACACCAUCGUUACAUUUUUUCCAGACUUCUUUGUAAUACAGAAAGUUAACUCAAGAUUCCAUAAUUGAUAAAAUUUUUCAGAUUUGUCUAACGUAUACUGUAACCUGUGCAUCUUAACAUGCUGCUAAAUGCAGAUUUAAACAUGACACCUGAGGAUCAUGACUUUCCUCCUUUCUCGGAGCUCUUGGUAUAAAAUUCAUCUGCUACUGCGAAUUCAGGUUCAUUUCAUACUAGUUAGAGAUAGUUAAUGUGUGCAUGAGGAAGCAACUUGUCUCAAUCUUUAGUUUUAGGUGGUAGUGUUUAUUCACAAACUCUCCCUAAAAUGGAAUGCUGAAUUAUAUGCUAAUUCUAUGUGUAUUUUGUUGCCUUGAUGUAUUAUAC